AUGGGAUGUAGAAAUUCAAAAAUAUCUUCAUCAAAUACUGUUGUCUUAGGGGUUAUCCAGAUUAUGCUUGGCGUCUAUCAUGUACUCAUGUGGUAUUUCCUAUUGCUAUUGUAUAUGGGACAAAUUAAAGGAGUAUUUGGGACUUAUGAACCUUUAACUUACAAAAUGGGAACUGGUUUGUGGGGACUUGCUUUUAUCGUUGCAGGAGCCUUCACAAUAAGAGCAGCAAAGCAUCAAAAUAAUAAAUAUUUGCUUCUCUGUGCCCUGUCCCUGAACAUACUCUGCAUAAUGGUUACGAUCAUUGCAGCCAGCCUGACGAUCGUGGAAUUGGCUCAUUUCCGCUCUGUGUCAUAUAGGAAUUAUGGACAAGCAAAGCUGGGGAGGGAAGUGUCCCGUGUUCUGUUGUUCUCCUACCCCCUGGAAUUCGGGAUCGCCCUCACGUACUCAGUCUGCAGCUGUUCAAGUUUGGGAGGAGCACAAGAGGAUAGUUUAGAAAGUGUUACUGAAGUUGUGGAGAGCGUAUUCUGA